AUGAGCUGCGGGCGCGAAUUCCAUUCUGAUGACACUAAAGAAGUGGUCCACUAUCAGACAGUGUUGUUAAAGGGUUUAGCUAAAUCUAUUCUUGAGGAAGGUGGCUGGUCAAACUUGAUGGUAAUUAUCCCCACAGGGGAGGAUGCUCAGAAGAAUGUUGAUGUUGCAAUUGUUUUUCUUGGCUCAAAGCUACAUUCGUCAGACAUAUCUAAAGAUACACAAAUUGAUCCAGCGUUAGCAGAUACACUGAAGGUCUCCUUCAAAAGUUCAGAGUUUUCCAUCGCAUACCCCUAUGUUUCCACAUCAGAUGAUGAGAAAUUGGAAAAUUCAUUUCUGACUGGCUUUGCUGAGAAUUGUAACAAUGGCUUUGAAAGAAAUCGUAUCUCCUACAGAGACACGUGCACUGUAACUGGUAAAGAUCUGAAUAAACAUCAUGGCAUGGAUUCUAUCCAUGACCUAGUGACGUCACGAAUGAGAAACAACCCAAGUGGACAGAGUGAUCUAAUUGUCUUCUGCAGUGGUGGUUUCAAGGAUUUAUACCCUGCAAAAACAGAAGGAGAGUUGCUUUCUGACCUGAUUGCCAUGCUGAAGAAGUCUGGAGCUAAAUAUACCAUUCUUUAUGCCUCUCAACCAUCUGGUUUACUGGAAAGCCCUUCCAACCUGCCAUUAGGCAGGAUUCUUGAAGGGAAGAACAAUACUACUAAGGCUGGCCUGGGCAAAUGUGACGGAGAGUGCCUAGUCAAAUAA